AUGCGACGUUUGCGCAAUCUGAAGAGACACGAAUUAAUACACACAGGAAAGAGACCUCAUAAAUGUGAUGUUUGCGGCAAAGCUUUCACUACAUUGUACGAUCUGAAGCCCCAUGUGUUAAUGCACACUGGAAAGGGACCCUACAAAUGUAGUGUUUGUGGAAAAUCGUUUGUUAAUUCUGGCAAUCUCAAGACACACGAAUUAAGACACACUGGAAGCAGACCCUACAAAUGUAGUGUAUGUGGAAAAUCCUUUAAUCAUUCAGGCCAUCGUAAGACACAUGAAUUCAUACACACAGGAAAGAGACCGUACAAAUGUGAUACUUGUGGCAAACGUUUUAAUGCAUUGUCCAAUCUAAAGUGCCACGUCUUAAUACACACUGGAGAUAGUCCCUUUCAAAUGUAG